UCGUCUUCGACAGCAGUUAAGCAAGAUUACAACGAGUACAUGUGGACUAUGCGCAAGGAGUUCCACGAUCCAGAACCGUACGUGUGUGAAACUUCAUCCAACAUAGUGGAACGAGACAAUCUAACCAACAGUGGUCGUGAGUUUACGACGAACGAUUUGAAGCCCACCAACGGAGUCGAGCAAAGAAAGAACGAUGUCUUCGUCCCACGGUCAACACAACAAUCGUCGUUGCGGUUGCCUGAAAACGGCUACAGCAACGCAAUCGUUAGAUGAGCUGGAGUUUGAGAGAGGAAUAUGGUCUGCUGCAAUUGAUAACGAUGAGCAUAAAUUGAGAUCGCUUAUUGAGAAAGGUCAUUUAUCUGAUAGGGAUAACUCAGGGUACACUGCACUACACUACGCUGCACGAAAUGGUCACUUGUCGAUUUGUCGCAUUUUGCUUGAUAGUGGAAUUAGCGUCGAUGAAACUACGCAUGGUGGAGCAACUGCACUGCACAGGGCGGCAAUGAUGGGUCAUCAUCAAAUAGUCGAACUACUGCUAACAAGAAAAGCCGAUCCCUUGCUGCAGGAUAGUGACGGGAAAACGGCACUGCACCGGGCAGCCGAGCGGGGCCAUCUGGACACAUGUCGCAUUUUAGUCCGGCAAAAUGGAACGGCUGCAACAAUACGUGAUGGCAAGGGAAAUACACCACUCGACACCGUCGACCCACAUGCACCUCAUUAUGCAGCGUUGAAAGUACUCUUGAGUUGAAUAAUGUUACGUUGCAGCAGAUCACUUCUGAGUUUGGCAUAGAAUCGGGUUUUCCGGUCUUCCCAAAUCUUCACUUCUUAGAGUCUAUCUAGAAUCAUAUUAUUAUAAAAGCGCAAGUUCAAGAAUACACAUAUAUUUUUCAGUGGAGGAGGAACGAUUUUUGUUCAUAUUGUUUACUUGCAACAAAGCAUUAGCGCUCGAAAGCUGUAGGGAAGCGACGCAUAAAACAACCUAUUUUGUGAUAAAUUCCUAAAAUGUUUUUUUUUUUCUAUUAUAGUAAAUGUUUCAUGAUGUAAAAUUAAGCAAAUUUCACGCUUUCCAGUGUCAGGCACGCUUAGAAAUCAGAUAUGCUUUACUCAAGUAUUACUUUUCAGUGUUAUUCAGUUUUUAAUCAGUCGGCAUUGGAAUUUUUUUACGAAAAUUUUCAAAUUGUGAACCUCAUUUGUCGGGAUGGUUUGAUUAUUUUUAAAUGUUUUGUAUAAAUGUUGGUUUAAACUAUAUCUUGAAACUGUUAUACGUUGCAUAGGAAGGUUUAGCUGAGAAGUCUAGUUUGCACAUAUUUGAUUUAUAUGUAAUGUACUAAAAUAAAUGUAUGUGUACCAUAUAAGAAAA